AGCCUGAACAGAUAAAUGAAACACUUGACUCGGAGAUUACUUCAUGAGUGGAAAGACUUUUUCAAAGAAGUAGAUGUUCUUCCGACAGUCCAGGCUUCUAGAAAUAAAAGGCAACAGCAGAAAUUCGAGGGAUAUCCGACAGUGAAGAAAGGAUGCUUUGAGAAUCUGUUUGCAAACUUUAUAUUUAUGAAAACAAAUACAAUACAGAAUAUUCGACAUUUCAACAACACAACAAUUCCUAAUGUUGUUCAAAGCAUGGUCGAGGUUCUGGGCUAACAGAUCAAGAAAACGCAACGAUGAGCGGUCAAGGCAGUCAAAGGAUUUAGAGGGUUCAUUUUCAGAACGUCUUGCGAAAAAGCAUGAAAAAAACGUCCGCUUUACCUCGCAAGUAGGUACAAAUAAGGAAGCAGAUAAACGUAAACAGAUCUCCGGCAAAGUUUCGAGGAUUUUUAAAGGCUCCGGGAACUCAAAAAGGGAAAAUAGUGUUGAAGAGGGACAAACUAAUGUUGUUUUUACCAUUCCAACACCUGACGUAUAUCCUGAAGUGCACACAAAACAGCAAACGUACCAUGAGAACACGCAACACAUCAGUCACGUAAGUACUCAUAUAUGCGAGAUACACCGAGUGACUGAUUUUGUCACGUACACCGUCGACAAAUCGAAGGAAAACCGAAGAGAAUUAAAUGAAGAAAAUAAUGAAACGAUACAGGAUGGACAAAGCAAACACGUCAAAGGUAGAAAUAGAAAAACAGUUUCGAAUGAAAGUGAUGUGGAUUCUGGUUUGGGUUCAUCGAGCCACGAAAUAAACGCCGGGGAACUGACCGAUGGCAGGUCAAACGUUGCACAAUGCGAUGUAUUAAACAAUGAAAAGGCAGUCGAUGAAUCAAAUACUCAAAUGAGCAACUCUACCCUUUUUUCCAUUCAUCAGGAGAAGCAUGAUGCAACAGACGGCUCAUUUGAAGACUUGAUCAAAUUAGCCAAAGAUGGAAUGAGCAUUUCAGCGAGAGAACGGGUGGAUGGAUUGCCAAAGAUUGCCGGACGUAUUGAAAUCGCAGAAAAAGUAGAAAAGCAAGAAUUUCCUUUAUCAAAUAUGGAAAUCACGCGCUGGCCAAGCAAUUUCCCUCGUUCCGAAGAAGCUGUAACAAGAAAAAAUUCAUUUUGCAAUGGUACCUUCAAAGAAGAAAAGGAACUUGAUUCAAUUUCUCAAAGUUUUGAACUCCCAGAUUGUACCACCAAGACGACAGGAAAAGCGCAAAUGGCGAAUGAGGCUCACGAAGACCAGGUGAAGAAGCUAGAGAAAAACAUCGAUGUCUCAUGUAGCAUUACUAACACUACAAUCAACGUUAGACCAGUGAGCGAAGAUAAGAACGAUUUCAUAGAUCCUCGUCAACAGUUUUCUCACGAGCAAUACAACGAAGAAAAGAAGAAACGUGGCAUUGAACAAUUUGACGAAAACGCUGUUAAACGCCAGCAACAUAUUCACGUUCCAUUAAGAAUACAAGACAGUAAACACAAGACAGUAAAAAAUACAAGACUGGUAAAUAGUCAAAUUCGUGACCCAAAUGAACGACCAAUAAGCUUAAUUCUACCUUCGUCCAAUGAGAAGGCAGGAAGCAAUACAUUAAACGGAUUGGGAAAGGCAGAUCGCGAGCACCUUUCAUCGACCAUUGGGAUAUCCUCGGGUGACAAUGGCGUCAUUCGUUCCUUCUCUGCAACAAUUCGACGAAAACUUACACGCGAGGAAAGCGCAAGGGAAGAUAACAGCAAGAAACAGGCAGGAUUUCGAAGUUUUCGUUUCAACAAAAAAAAGAAAAAUCACAAGUCUGCAAACAUCGAGGAGUUAAAUCAAUCCAGCGGUAUGAGGUCAGACAACAUCAACUACACUUCCACCAUUGACAAGAUAAUGUGGGAAAGAAAAGUUAGUGCUUGUACCGUUUUCAAAGACGUACCAUUUACAAUUCCGGACAUAACUGAAUGAAAACGUUCACGAGUAUUUGCUAAAUUUCGAAAUCAUUAAUAAGGCGUAAUAUUUUAUAGGAACAUAAACUUUAUUUAAGAACAAAACUCCUCAAACUGAAAUCAACACUGAACAUAUCGUCAUGGCACGAUACGUAAGCUUUGUUUUACAAAUCAUUGCACAUAUGUAAAAAUAAUCUCAAUGACAAACGCGGGUUGAUAUGAUAAAAAUACGUAGAGCUAUAGGUGCUAUUUAAAUUGACAACUGAUCGAUCUUUUCUA